UCGCGCCAAAUCAGAGAGCCGGUGACAUCUUGGAAGAAACGAAUGGUGCAGGUGUGCUUCAUUCUGGACCUGCGGAGCUUGGCUCCUCCAUUGCUUAGAGACCUGAAGCAGUCAUUGCUUCAACUUUCUAACUUCUACGCCGUUUCAAAUACUUCCUCAUCGCCUCGUCGGAAAUCGAACUCUCCCUCAGAUAAGAUCGGUCUGUGCUACGUCUUUAAAAAUCGAUUAUCUUCUGCUGACGAGGUAUUGGUUCCGUUGUACAAGUUAUAAUUAUUUUCUUUUAUGAACAUCCGAUUUGAACUAUUAAUUCGAAGUACGCAAUACAUGGUUCCUGCGAUCCGUAUGAGCGAGAGAGUGAAUCUGCGUGUAACGCAGCUGAAGGUCGCCUAUAAUCCCAGAGGAAGCUUCAAUCUACACGAUUUCCACCAUGCUGUUAACAGCUUGCCCUCCGAUGCCUUCCUGCCUGAUAAUGAUAACAAUUACGAUGUAAUGCUUUCAACUGUUUUGAGUGAUCAAGUAUUGUACUCCUGGCAAGGUAAAGAUAUUGAGAGAAAAGCGAUAGUCAUAACUUCAUUCUUGCCUGAAGAUGUAGAUUCUACAAUGCAAGAAUGCCUCAUGGAUGCUGCAGAUAGAUGUGUUUCGGUUGAUUUUGCAGUAUUUCAGCAGAAGUCAAGCCAUCUAACUGAUACGCGUGAAAACAUAAACAACUUCCGUCGUUGCAUUUCUCAUAUUGAGAACUGCUCAUUCCAGACUUACAUCCCUGAUUUCAGAGUAAUGCACAGUCUUGUUAAAAGAUGGCUUCAGGUUUUACAAGAUGACACGGAGGAGCCACUCCAAGCACGCCUCGUUUUUAAAGAAAAUCUAUUAGAUUCUGUGAACCACAUAUUUUGUAACCUGUAUGCAGCUGCCAUUCCAAUCACCAAUGGCUUUAGUCAAUGUCAGACAUGCAGAUGUCAUGGCAUGCUGUUAGGAGAUGCUGAAACAACCAAGUUCAACAGAAUUUCUUGUCCAGUCACAGGCCGCAAUCUGGAAGCAUAUGAUGUUGUUGAAAAUUCUGUUCGGGUUGGGGACAAUACAGUUCUGUUUCUUCCAUCAUUCCAUUGUUCCCUGAAGCUUCCGCAAAUUAAUUCACGAAUUGACGUAGCAGUUAUCAAGAGGACAAGCUUGGCUUCUGUUAAUGAAGGUCUGAUAAUGGGGGCUUCCUUCUUUGUGGUUCCAUUCCUCUGUCAUGUGAUUGAAUCUACUUCAGAUGAUGCUGACCAGUCGGACUUGAAUUCUCUAGUUUUUCAAGGCCUUUCUAGUGUUCUGCACUCGAUGGACCAAGGUUUGAUAUGCUCUUCGAAUAGUGAUUUAGAAACAAUGACAGAGGUUCCUUUCCGCUGCUAUUACAUUCUGCAGCCAUCAGAUAACGGGCCAAUGCUCCUUAGGCGUCUUGCAGGUGCAGAAGAAGUAUUACGAGUUCCUGAUAAUCGAUUGGUUAGCUCAUCCGCCAAUAAGGAAAUUGAGAAUUCUGUUGAAGCCUGUUUGUUGAAGAUUGAUCUAGCGCACUAUGAUCCCUUGCUGCAUGAAAGAGGCUUUCAUCAAAAGCUAAACUUGCUUGUCCGAGAAAGCUUGCAGUUCGGGUCAAUAUUUCCUAAAGAGGGAGACGCAGCCGUUGAUGCAAACUCAGGUGAAAAACCAUCUUUAGAAAUGACUGGGAAAGCAGAAACAACCUUAUUUGUGGACGGAAAAUGCUCGGCAUGGGAUCUUACAACCCAAGAAGACAAUACCAUCGCCUGUAUUACUAAAGAAUGGGAGCAGUUGGUCGUAAACGAGGACCCUAAUAAGAUGGAUUCUCCAUCUUGUAUGCGCAAACCCAAGUUGGAUAAAAAUUUGUUUCGACACGUGAUUGUAAUAGGCAGCUAG